CAUAUAAAUACAAGUAAAUUAUCUGUAUCGAAUAAAUCAAUUGGUAAAAAGCUGGCUACUCAUAAAAUAUCUAAAAAAUAUGACAUUGUGAGUUCUUCUAAAUCCCAGAAUAAUUCAGAUAAUCCAAUUAUUUUAGACAGUGAUAAUGAAAAAGAAAAAAAAGAAGCUAAGAAAUAG